UUAUUAUGAUUGAUAAAAAUAUAACAAAUUUCUUUAAACAAAGAUUUUUUAAAAAUUAAAAUGAUUGAUUUAAUAACAGUUUAAUAUUGAUGUCAAAUUAGUUUAAAAUUAAGAUAAAAUAUUCCUACAAAUAGUUUUUUGGAGAAUAAUCGAGUUUAGUCAUGUGGAAAUGUCAUAAAUGUGGAAAACCGGUCUAUUUUGCUGAGCGAAAACAAUCCUUAGGCUAUGAUUGGCAUCCUGAAUGUUUACGAUGUGAAGAAUGUAGCAAAAGGUUGAAUCCUGGACAACACGCAGAGCAUAAGGGUGUGCCUUAUUGUCAUGUACCAUGCUAUGGAGUUUUGUUUGGACCUCAACUUUAUGGACAUGGUACUAGAGUCGAAUCUCAUACUAGUUUUGGAAGAAUUGAAAAUAAAUACCCUUUUGGGCCAAAUGUUGAAAGAUCUGAAGUAGAAGAAAAAUUAAAAAUAUAUAAUAAAUAUUAUGAAGGAAAAAGUGGAGAAAUAAGAAGUCGUGAGGUAAAUGGCCGACCAGUAUUAGAAGGUGCUCUAAGAAUCUAUUGGGCUGUUACUGACAUGAUUCAUUUGAAGGAAGAUGAUGAUCAAAGAAUUAAAAAUAGAAUUCUAAAAUAUAUAGAUUCUCCUAUAAUGAAAUUGCAAAAUAAAUAUGUUACGAAUUAUUCAAAAACUAAUGAUCAUCAAAAUGGAAAUAAUAGAUCAAAUAAGUUCAAUACAUUACCUCAUAAUUUGAAUUCUAUUGAUGUCAAAGAUGAACUUGAUGAACUAUUGAUGGUACAAAGAGAAGUGUCUGACAAUGAAAAAGCUUACAGUACUAUGCCUAAUGCUAUAGUAUCUGAAAAAAGUGAUGCAUAUUCUGAAAAUUUUGAAUCAAAAUUAGAAGAAGAAUCUUUUGAGAAAACUUUAUGUAGAAGUCGUUCUUUAGAUGAUGAUGUAAGUGACAAUGACGCCAAUUAUGAAUUUUUUUCUGAUCAUAAUGGCGAAUCAACAAAUAACAUAGUUAUAAGAAGAAAGUUAGGAUCAACAGCUAUUAAAAGACGGACAGGAAGGUUAAAUGGUAAAAACCGUACUAAGUUGAAACGUCGUUGCUCAAUUAAUGGACAUUUCUACAACCGUGAAACAAGUUUUUUUACCCCACCAUAUGGUAGUCAAAUGUCUGUGUGGGUUACAUCAUUAGUAACAACGCCAGAAGUUAUUAAUUUAGUACUUGAUAAGUACAAAGUUGAUGGGAAAGCAUUUCAAUUUUCUUUAUUCCUUGUUUUUGAUAACGGUGAACGUCGUAAAUUGCAGGAUGAUGAGUAUCCAUUAGUUGUUCGACUGAUUCAAGGACCUCAUGAAGAUGUUGCUAGAAUAUAUCUUAUGGAGAGUCGAACUACUGAUGAAAUUAGCUGUGAUGUUGCACAAUUUUUAAACUUUAGCCUACCCGAAUGCAAAGCAAUAUUAGCUGGGUAUGAUGCAGAAGAAGAAAAACAUGUAAAUGCUAUCAAAGCAAAAUAUGAAGAAAUGAGAAAAAGGAUAAGACAACGAAUGGAACAAUUGAAAGUACACCUUUGAAUAAUAAAUUGUUCUUAAUGAAUUGUUACCGUAAAAUAUAAAAUAUCAUUUAUUAAUUUUUUUUAUAAGCGAAUGUUCAUACCGUUUUUAUAUUAAUUUGUAUAGCUGUACAUAAUUUUUUAUGUAUUGAUAAAAUCAAUGAAAUUGACGAUGAUUGUUAUUUUUUAAUUAAAAAUUUUUAUUUGUAAAAUAAUUUUCUGUAAAAAGAACUAAUAACUCAACUAUA